CCGAGCCGCGCCUCAAACUUUUGGCGAUGCGACCGGAGUGUAGCCACUGCCGACGAAACUCCAGAUGCUUCGUCAUGGCGCCUUUGCAAUACCCACGGUCCCACCAGUACAGCUACCAAGGGUCCCUCAAUGGCGCCAUCGAAGCGACGGUCCAGGCCUCGGUCUUUCAGGACUCGCGCAAGCCGAAUGGACGUGGCUUGCGGCAGGCUUCCUGGUGAUUUCCAAGUCCCCGCGAUCUCGAACCUCCUGUGGGCAAGGCUCCGUGCGCGAAACUCCUAGCGGUUUGCAGACCGCAGUGCCGCUCAGAGACGCACACGCCGCGUUGCGCGACGAGGCCAAAGAAGCAAGUUCGAAGAGCUCUUCGUAUCGUGAGAAGCCCAAGCGCCCCACUUUGCCGGCAGAAUACCUGCAGUACCUGAGGCCGGGGAAGCGCCUGAACUCCGCGGACUGGCUGGAGACCAUCCUCGGAAUCCCCCACUCCCGGGUCUUGGAGCGUAUCCAGCACCCCUUGCUCACCAUGACAGCCGUGAGCCUGGCCUCGUGCUUCCUGCACUGCGUGCUGCGGGUGCCUGGGCUUCCCACCAUGCAGG